CAUUAAAAAACAUCUUGAAAGAAUUGUGACCAAAAAUGGUCAAAUAAAAUGAAACAUCACGGCUGACUUUGUUCGCAACUUUAACCACCGCGAUCGUGCCGAAUGGAUCUCGCGAACGGAGACGAGUGAAGAGGACGACGAUUGAGCGAGCCCCCGGAAAUGGCGAAGAAAUUCAAGGCGUCGCUGGAAAUGUGUCAAGUACCGACAGCUCGAUAAAAGUGUGCGCGUCUUCGGGGAAGUCGAUUGUGCCGAAAUCACUUUCCUACCGAGGGAGAGACUAAUUGGUUCCACCCCUUAUCUUCCACCCUGCGGGCUCCAAUGAGAGGUCCGCCCUUGCCGAAGGCAACGGCCUUUCCUCAGACACGCUGGAUUUGAGUCCGCAUCUUCAGCACAACAACAACUUCGCCAGCGUUGUCGCGCCCGCAGGAAGUCCGCAGGAAGUAGUGAUGAAAGAGAAAAGCAAAAACGCAGCGCGAUCGCGCCGCGUUAAAGAGAAUCAAGAAUUUAUGGAGCUGGCGAAACUGCUACCGCUUCCGGCCGCGAUUACGACGCAACUUGAUAAGGCCAGCAUCAUUCGAUUAACCACGAGCUAUCUCAAGAUGAGAGCCGUUUUUCCACACGGUCUCGGAGACGAAUGGGGCGCCGCGCCGCCACCCAAUAAUCCACUGGAAACCUCCAUCAAGGAACUCGGCUCCCAUCUUUUACAAACACUGGAUGGAUUUAUAUUCGUGGUGGCGCCUGACGGGAAAAUUAUGUACAUAAGCGAGACAGCAAGCGUGCACUUAGGUUUGUCGCAGGUCGAAUUAACGGGGAACAGCAUAUUCGAGUACAUUUAUCCGGAUGAUCGCAACGAGAUGGUCUCCGUACUGAAUCUUCCGCAGAGCCCCGCGGAUAUCGCAAAUUUUACGUUCCCGCCGCCGAAUUCCCGGGGCGAGAUCGAGUUGGAACGUGCCUUUCUUCUCAGAAUGAAGUGUAUUCUAGCAAAGAGAAACGCAGGACUCGUUACAGAAGGAUAUAAGGUGAUCCACUGCGCGGGGUAUCUCAAAUGCGUCGUGGAAACGCCUAUCGGGUCCGAAUACGAGGACGGAGCCAGUCGAUGUGUUCGGAAUGUCGGUCUAUUGGCGGUCGGCCAUUCGCUCCCGACGAGUUCCAUAACGGAAAUAAAGUUGCACCACAACAUGUUUAUGUUCCGAGCGUCCCUCGAUUUGAAACUGAUAUUCCUCGAUGCGCGGGUAGCGCAGUUGACGGGAUACGAACCGUCGGAUCUUAUAGAGAAAACUCUAUAUCAUUAUGUGCACGGAUGCGACAUUCUGCAGCUCCGACAUGCUCAUCGUGUUUUGUUAUGCAAGGGUCAGGUAACGACGAGGUACUACAGGUUUUUGACGAAAACCGGCGGUUGGGUGUGGAUGCAAUCGUACGUGACAAUUGUUCACAAUUCGAGGAGCUCACGUCCGCACUGCAUCGUGUCCGUCAACUACGUGCUGACGUCCACCGAGAACACUGGCCUGAUCAUGAACUGCGAGCAGAGAUCUACUUGCUCGAGUCCGGGGAAUCCCCCGAGCGCGCCAGUAUCGACUCCUACGAUUAGCGCGAACGACUUGGACAAUCAGAGUCCGAGUCCGCCUUCAUAUCGCAGUAGAACCAAAGAGCCACCCGAUGGCGAAUAUACCGACACCCCGAAUUCUGGAUAUCCAAAUUCCGAGUACAUGGUUGGCUCGACGAAUCACAGUCACUAUCUGUCUUCGUCGCCAUACGCGUCCCAUAGCGUAAAUGGCGCGGCGCACGAGGACAGUGCCUAUUAUAGUCCGGACUUAUUCUACCCGUACGGUGAUCUCCAUCAAGAUCCCGUCAACAGUUUGCAACACCAGCAAGAAACGCAUCAUCAUCAGCAUCUUCUGCAUCAUGCGACGUCCAUGACGAUUCAGCAACAGCAACAAAGUCCGCAGAACAAUCCGCAGAAACGGCAUCCUCAGCAUCUACUGCAUCACGCGACAUCACUGACGACUCUCGAGCAACAGCAGCAGCAACACAGUCCGCAGAGCGGCCAACAGAAACGACCGUAUUCAACAUCCUCGAGUUCUUGCGGCAGCACCGACGGUCUGGAGGCGCAUUUGGCAAACUCUCUGAGUCUGCUGCCCUAUUCCUCGCAUCAUCACCACAUACCGGCCGACUCGACCUCAUCGGCUUCGCUGAGCGAGGGAGGUGUCAUCAUGUACCAGAACUGCGGCUUCAACAAUAAUGAGAAUUACACCACCGCGACACUUCAGCAUCACGACGGCUAUCAGCAGGGUCAUCUCCAAGGUCAUCAUAGCAACGGCAACGCGACAGCAAAGCAUCCGCACCAUCAUCAUCUAGAAGCUUCGUCGACCGCCGGCUACACUAGCGUCAUCGUCGAUUCUCAACAACGUUACAGUCCCGGCACUGUUCCUCAAGAUCUACACGCACAUUCGACGGCAUCGGUAAACAACGGUACCCCGCCGGUGCCCCAUCAACCUCAUUACGAGACGCAUCAUCAGUUUGUUCACUGACAUCAGUUCGAGGUGCCCUGCGCGUAGCACUUCGACGCCGCUUGCGACGAUGAAACGUGCGGGCAUCACAAUCAUCAUCAUCAUCGUCGUCAUUAUCAUCAUCAACAUCAGCAACAUCAAUGCGUAGCGUCAGAAUGCAGCGAGGAGCGGUACGCUGAUUAUCCGUUAAUGAACAACGGAACAACCUACAGCACGUCAGAGUCAGACGCCACCUACGUCGCACCCUGCAAACGGCAGUGGAAAACGGAGGACAAAAGCGUCACGACCUAAAAGGUAACAACACAGUCUAAAUAUCACAGACGUAAUGAGGAACUCUCUACAGACAUAUAAUUGUUUAUUUUAAUAUAAAUAUAAUAACUAAAUUUUAUAUAACAAAAAAACCUAAAGCUCUCAUCACAAUCGUUAUAGUCGUGCUCCGAU